AUGCCCGACCUCAUGAUGGGGCCGCUGAGGUUCACAGAGGCGCCCAUGAAGGCUCACCUGGUGGUCGGGUUUCAGUGUUGCUGCUCCCCCCCUCGCCUUCACGCGGCGGCCCUGGGCGCUCCGGAGCAGAUGAACGCCAUGGGCAUCAACCAGGGCACCUCUGGCAAUGCGAGCUGCCGCGUGCCCGGGGGCUUCCUCGUGACGGCCUCGGGCGUCCCGUACGACAAGAUGACCACGGAACACAUCGUGUUCGUGAGCCUCGAGCCUGGCUACUACGGGAGCUUUCUGCCUUCGAGCGAAUGGCGCAUGCAUUUCGACAUCUACCAGCGCGUGCCCGAGGCGCAGGCGGUGGUCCACGCACACCCGACCUAUUGCACGGCGCUCUCGUGUCAGAGGCGGGACAUCCCAGCGUUCCACUACAUGGUGGCGGCUGCCGGCGGCAAGGAGAUCAAGUGCUCCAGGUACGCCACGUUCGGCACCCAGGAGCUGUCCGACAGCAUGCUGGAGGCGCUGGGGUCGCGCCGCAGCUGCCUGCUCGGCAACCACGGCAUGAUCUGCCACGGCGCGAGCCUCCGGAAGGCGCUGUGGCUCGCCAACGAGACGGAGUGCUUGGCGCGCCAGUACAUGAGCGCCCUCUCCACCGGCGUCAGCCCCGCGAUCCUCUCCGACGAGGAGAUGGACGUGAUCCUCGCCAAGUUCAAGAGCUACGGGAAGCAGCCCGACGCGGUCGCGCUGUUGAGCGACUUCGAGAGGAGGCAUGCUAUCGAUACUCCGCGGCGCCGCGACGCGGACGGCGGCGCCCCCGGCGCCGUGGAGCACAUAGAGCUUCGGCAGCAGGUGAUCGAAACUUGCCUUCAGAUGAACAGGAUGGGCAUCAACCAGGGCACGUCUGGCAACGUGAGCUGCCGCGUCCCUGGCGGCUUCCUCGUGACGGCGUCCGGCAUCCCGUACGAGGACAUGAGGCCAGAGCAAGUCGUCUACGUGAGCAUGGACGGGUGCUACUCCGGAGAGUUCGCGCCCUCAAGCGAGUGGCGCAUGCACUUCGACAUCUAUAAGCGGGUUCCCGAGGCCAUGGCUGCGGUGCACGCGCACCCCACCUACUGCACGGCGCUGUCGUGCCAGAGGCAAGACAUCCCGGCGUUCCACUACAUGGUGGCGGCUGCAGGCGGGAAGGCCAUCGAAUGCGCCAAGUACGAGACGUUCGGCACGCAGGAGCUGUCCGAGUCGAUGCUGUCGGCGCUGGGCUCGCAGCGCAGCUGCCUGUUGGCCAACCACGGUAUGAUCUGCUACGGCCCGAGCCUCGAAAAGGCGCUGUGGCUUGCCAACGAGACGGAGUGCCUAGCGCGGCAGUACGUCACUGUCCUCUCCACCGGGUCCCGGCCUGAGGUGCUUCCGGACGCCGAGAUGGACAUGAUGCUUGCCAAGUUCAAGACAUACGGCAAGCAGCCGAAGGAGCUGGAGAAGCUCUCGGCCUUUGAGCGCAGGCACGCCGUGACGGCGCCCCGCUUCUGCGGCGCCUUCUGCUGCGACCCGUGCGCCGAGGGCGGCGUCCCGGUCGCCGCGCUGCGGCGCGGGCUGGAGACGGAGUGCAGCACCCUGCGUUCCGAGCUCGCGGCCGAGCUGGACUCCAUCUCGAGCAGCGUGCGGGGCAUGCAGCGGGAGCUGCAGGCCGAGUUGGACUCCAUCUCGAGCAGCAUGCGGGGCAUGCAGCGGGAGUUGCAGGCCUGCCUGGACGGGCGCGCCGCGGCCGACGCCGCCGACCUGCAGGGGCGGCUGGAGCGCGUGGGCCGGGAGCUGCAGCUGGUGUCGGAGGCCGGCCGCGAGCAGGGCCUGCUCGCCGAGGAGCGGGCGGCAGCGGCCGCCGGCGCCGAGCGGCAGCUCGGCGACAGCAGCUUUGAGUUCGAGACCUCCGCAGGCCACGAACCCCAGAACACGGAGACGAACGCCAUCUCCAAUGGCACUCGCGCUGGGCAGACGGGGUCGCCCAACGCGAGCAGCUACACAGAGUCAAUCCCAGGGCGAGACUCUGGAACCCAAAACGCGGAUCAGGCCAGCGGCGCUCCCGUCUUGGGAUCGAGACUGGCCAUCAAUUGCUUCCGCCGCCUGGCUCUCUCCUUCUCCGCCGGGGACUGCUCCGACGGGGCGGGGAGCGGCCCCGGGCACCUCGUGGCCAGGAGCCGGCUCUGCUUUCGGCCGUAG